CUGUUGUCGUUUAUUCAAAUUUGCUGUUGACCACUCUUUUCCCAACGGCCCUCGUAAUCAUAUAACUAAGAAAUGGCUCCGUCACCAGGGAAGAUACAUCAACUUCCAGUCAAGGUGCUGUAUAGCCUCGACACUUCUCCCCAUUCCUAUGUAACGGUACUCAACAAUCUUCAAGAAGUUUACGUCCAUUAUGAUGUUGGAGCAGGAUCUGAUCCGAAUCGGAGAGAAGAAUUGAUGGGUAGCUGCUUUUUGAAAGGCGUUGCUAGAGCCAUUUGUUUUGCCAGUCCGGAAUGUAUACCAAAUCAAGCUUCACUUGAUUUUUCAGUAUACAACCUCGAUCCUUCCCGAAGGUCACCAGCUCCACGCGCUUUUGCUCCUUCAGAGGAGUCUACUUCGUGGACAGGCCGAGGCUUUUUAUCGUGGGCGCUCUCUGAAACUUCACCGGGUUCGACGAUCGUCAAGGGGCGUUUGACCCAGGAUUACGAGUUUUCAUGCUCCCAAUUUACUCCAGAAGGCGGACUUGAAGGUCUUGUGGCCGCUGCCAAUGCAGGUCCACAAUCAAGAGAAGAUGAUGGCAGAGGAUGGGGACUCGAGGUCAGCAUAUCUUUGCGACAAGUGAACCCCGAGGGCAAGGCAGAAUUCAAGGGGCGUAAGGAGUUUGAAGAGUCUCUGGCGAAAGGCACUGGUACUGCAGGAAGUCCGGCGAGCACGCCCGGAAUUUUGAGUUCUCCAGCUGUGCGGAAAUUUGCCAGUCAACAGAAUGUUGGCAGACAAGUGCCUGUUGGACAGUCAAAGGAAAAGGUCCAUUCGCAAGCACAGUCUCAAGCCCAGCCGCAAAAUAGUGGCCCAAGUCAAGGCCAAAACCAAUCUCAACGACAGUCACAGACGAUCGAAAGGCUUCAGAGCCAAACCGGAUCUUCAAGCAGACCGACAUCUUCAAUGGGCAAUCGAACCUCGUCUUCCGGUAUACCACCAUCAUCUUUUCCUGGUGACCCCACGUCCUCAAAUUCAAAUCAGCUUUCAAGCCGUGCAUCAUCUACCAUUCCACCGCCUCCACCGCCUCCCCAACGCCAGUCCACCACCAAUCCUCAAAAUGCUCCCACCUUUGCGGAGAGCAGUGCGACGGCUGCUGCCCGUUCUCGCCAAGUCACCCCACCCCCAUCACUUCGUUCAAAAUCUCCUCCUCCAUCAACUCCAUCUCGUAAACAUCUUCACGCUCUUCUUCGUGCAGACGGGAUGAUGUCACCCGAACUCGCCCGCCACUUAGCGUCAAAUCCGACAUUGAGGAAUCUGUUGAAAGCCGUGCCGAAUAAUUCAAAUAUGUUUACCCAACUGAGAAGCUUUUCAGGUUUGAUGGGCGAUAAGGGAAAGAAGGAUGAAAUUGGACAAGGGGCCGGCAGUGGUGCUGCUGGAACGAGGAAUAGAGAGGCAGAAGUUGAAAGAGAGGAUUCACCUACAGAACCCACAACUCCAACACCGAGCUUGCCACAGCCGAACACACCGUUGACGGUAACACAAAACAGGUCAGCAGCAGCAGGCGCACAGGGUGGUGGGUGCUGUAAUUGCGGUACAAUGCAAUCUGAUUGCUGGAGGAUUCGGAAGAUGAAAGACGGGCCACCUAGAAAAGUUUGCGAUGAUUGCGGGGUGUACUUCAACGAACACAAGAAAAUGCGACCUCCUGAAUUGUGGAAUCCCAAACUUGCUGCAAUUAAUGGUCUAGGACGAAGUCAGACUGCUGGGCCAUCGUCGACCGCGGGCAAAAGCACUAAUGCACCGGACCAUAAACGCCGAGGACACAGUCAUGACCUGUUCUCGGAUGGUCCUGCCUCUGGGCUACGUUCUUCUCCUCGUUUAAAGCGGCGUUCGUCUUCAGACCAUCCACCUUCAUCUUCACAUUCCCAUUACAACACUCGGUCUCAUCCACCUCAACCUCCUCCCCAUACCCUCCCAUCACAGGCACAUAGUGCCCAUGGCCGUGGAGCUGGGGGCAGUGACGCUGGAGGACAUACGCCCAGCUCAUCAAGUAUGACCGGUCAUCCGAUGGAGAGCCCACGGAAGAGGUAUAAACCCAAGACUGGUGUUGUACCGAGCCCGAGAAUGGCGACAAGAGCUAGUACACGAGCGAGUGUGGGUACGCCGUCAGACUUUUCGAGCGAGGUGUUUGGCUUUUCGCCGAGGACCAUUAUGGGGGAGAAUAAUGUACAUGGACAUGGUCACUCCCAUGGAAGUGGGUAUGGAAGCACGAGUAGCACGCCUCAUCCUGCACCUACACCUUCAUCACAGGCCAACCCGACCCCAAAUCCCUCGCACCCCACGCCCAACCCCGCGCAUCCUGUCUCAAAUGGAUCACACCCGACACCCAACCCUUCACAUGUUACGCCUGACCCCAACCCGACUCAGCCACCGGCUCAUUCGCAACCCCAAACACAUCGACCGCAAUCCCAAGGACCAUCUGAUCUUGAUCCGGAGUUUGACAUUAAUGCGUUCCUGUCGUCGAUGGAUACUUCAACCAUUGGUGUGGACAAUUUUGAUCUAAAUAGCCUGUUCACCGGAAAUGAUGGACAGGAGUUGAAUGGGGAGCUAAAUCAGGAGAUAAUGGACUUAUUAGCAGGUUGGGAAGAGAACGCAGAUGGGCAAGGACAGGAGCAAGGGCAGAGCGAGGCGCGGGCGACUUAAUUCGAGGGAGCUGCGUGUAGGGUCAUAACAGCUUUCUCCCAUGUGGAUCAUUUUUACGAUAUACUUACUGUACGGAAAGUCACAUGUACAAGAUUGGUGAAGUGUUGUUUUGUUUGUUCGAACGGGUGCGAUGCAUAGCGUACAGACAUG